GAUACGAAAUCUACGCCAUGACGAGCGUAGUCGCCAUAUUCAUUGAAAUUAUAGACAAAUUUGUAUACAGCGUCGGAAAUGGUUUAAUCAUCAGGCAGAAAUGCGACAGAAGAAGCAUUAAUUAGUUAAACAGGUCAUGGCUAUAUGAUGAGCCGACCGCUCACAACGGUGAACGGCUGCAGCCUCGAAGAUUGCUACACUAAUUUAUUUGCGCUCACGGAAUUAGAUGGUAUUCGUUGGUGUAAAUUGGUGGCGCCAAAUCAGAGGCGGUACCAGGAUCCGUUGGAAGACCCGAUUUUAAAAGCUUACAAUCGUGGGAUUAGUAAGGAAUUAUUAUGUGUUUGGAAAAGAACUACAAGAUUCAUAGAUCCUAAUGAUUAUUCUACUGAAAACCCCCUUCUUAAUGGCAAGAAAGAGUUAUGGGUAUUUUGGUACAAAGAUCAGCCUCACCAUUUGCCAGGAAUUCGAGCUGAAUUCCAGUUAAAAGAUGAAGAAAGUGGUCAAUGGGAGCAUCAAGAUCAGGGAAACCAAUUCAAUUAUCAGUGCAGGAUCCUUCUGUUUAAAGCAAUUCACAACCUUAUAGAAAAACAUUUGAUCGCUCAAGGUUUUGUAAGGAUCGGUAAAUGGUUUCUUCAUCCUUACACUCAAGAUGUGACGGAACCAGACAAAAGUGUCCAUUUUUCAUUCUCUUUUUCUUUUUUCUUACACGGAGAAAGUACAGUUUGCGCAUCAGUAGAUGUUCGCCAACAUCCUAUUCUAUAUCGACUGCAUGCGCAUCACCUACUAAUUGCUGAGCAAGAUCCUCAGCAAGUAUCCGUCCUUUUGGCGCCAUAUGGCAUGGCAGGUACAUUGACUGGUGCAGCAUUUCGUGAAGGAGAUCCUAGGAUACAUAGAAUGCUUCACGAAUGGAAAGAACAUUUCUACAUUGAUGAUACGUUCGACAGAGAUGAUAGCUCUAAACCACCUCUAUUUGUUGAAGUGGUCGUUGCGGGUACCCGUUUAAAAUAUCCGUCUUGCUUUGUUCUAACAGAGAAUGCUGCAACAACAUUAUACAAUAAUUCGUCAGCACCUCAGCCACCGCCAAUAUUGGCUUAUUCUCCGCCUUGUACCCCUUGUCCACCAGAUCAAGCACAAAAGUCAAGCUUUUCGAUUUUAUCUGAUAGUCAAGGCAUGACUCCAGCCCCAAUCAGGGUUGAGGGCGCUGCAGAAUGUGGAAUGAAGAUCUGCUUUAAAGCUUGGCGUGAUGCUUCAAUGACACCAUUGCGAGAAAUGCCCAAUCCAGAAGAAAGUAACCCUGCAAACUGGGAUUAUAUGGAUCCAACUGCUAAAAGCAAUUGCCUAUGUAAUAGAAUACGGCAGCGUAACUCCACGAAAAGUAUGAACAAAUCGCCAGAGGGGAAAAGAAGUAGACAGAAAAUUCCUCAACGAAUAGCAUUUCAUGUUCGAACUCAGCAUAUUGAUCAAAUGAUACCUAGUGAUAUAGAUUUCAUUGGUGCUGUGCCCUCCGCUCAACUUCCCCCAAAUACAGCAGGCCCACCAACGCCUUACACAAAAUCGCCAUCAGUUCCAACGUUCAGCAGCAACACUCCAACACCAAGCGUUAAUAAUACCCAACCGAUAACACCACAUGAAACUCCUUCUACACUAGAGUCACCACCGUCGCUUUGUGCACCAUCUUCCCCAUUUGUCAAAAAUUAUCCUUUUCAAGAUGCAAUGAUGCCUGUUCUAAAAGAGAGAUUUCCCCCAGAAGAUGGAUUCUUAAAUGAUGAAAACAUGCAGAACUUCGAAGAUGUUAGUGCUUUUCUAGCGUUGCCGCUAAAAAGACUGAGAAGAGACUACGGCGAAUCUGAUAGCGAAAUUUCUGAACCAUCUCCCUCGCCGUCGCCUCAGCCUUCACAAACAGCAUUAUCACCAUUUGGUGAGGAGGAGCGAGUCAAACAUACAUUGGAGCAGCAUAGCGAUUUCACGGCUUUGGAAAAUAUAUUUGAAAGUGACGACUCUGAUUCGCCUACUCCAACAGAUGAAAAGCAUAACAAUAUGGAUUCACUAUAUCCGACUCCACCAAGUUCCAAUUCACAAUCUCAAACUGAACAGAGUCCAUGCCCAAAUGUACAAGAUGAAGCAAUGGAUACAGCCGUAUCAAGUAUUUUUGAUCAUCAAUCUGAAAGUUUAUUAGGUCCAUUAGCCCAAGCCUGUAAUUGGCCAACAGCACAGCGGUUUAAUGCUCUCAGCAUAGCUAGUCCUUUGUCCCAAGCUUCAAACCUACCGAAAUAUACAGUAUCUGUUCGACUACCACAAAUCCCUCAAGCUACAGGUCGAAACCAGCACAGUGGCAUAAAUGAGGUAAUAAGAAAAGAUAACUGCUUAACACCCGUUAAGAAUGACCGAUUAGAGAGAGCACCUUCCAGUUAUGAUAUGCAAUCACCCGCUUCCAAUGCAUCUUCAUAUGCUGCUGUUGCUCAUUCAAAACAACCAGUGACUAGUACUAACUAUGCUGAAGCGAACGCCAUUUUAUUAAAUGUUCUACUAUACGACUCUUUGCUCAAUUUAUUUAAGGACCAUAAUUUUGACAGUUGCCCACUCUGCGCUUGUAAUAUGAAUAUACGAGGAUCAGACGCCGAAUCGUACUUAGUCAGUCAGAACGAUCGCCGCGAGUUGGAGAGUACUUGCGUUUGUGGCUUUUCAGCAGUGAUGAAUAGGCGUUAUGCCAUUGCUUCGGGAUUAUUUAUGGAGGAUCAAAUGGACAUCACUGGUAUGAUUGACACUACGAAAGAACAGCCAAAACCAAGAAGCAAUGGGGAAAAAGAACUAGAUGCACAACCCUCCGAUAUAAUGACUGCAGUUAGACAGUAUUUUAUGACAGCUCAAUUGUCGAUGAGUUCUGAAUGGGAUAGUGACGUCGAUUUUGAACAGCAAUUAAGAUCUAUGGAGUUGCGUGAUGGUGGAACAAGGCAGUUAGAGAUUCAAGACGGAUGUGCAAUAACUUGGUCAGCUCUUGAAUUAUCAAAAUUUAGUGGUGAUCCGUCUAAUUCCAAUCCACCUCAGCCAAAACACGUUGAUGAGACUAUUUUUAAAGAGUCUUGCUUACAUAAAUGGCCCUAUUUCCAAAGUAACGCGAAAAUUCCUGCAAAUUGCCACGAUGUAGUGAGAUUGUUAAACUCUCUAAAUCCCCUUCUUCAAGAUGCUAUUCAAAAGAAAAAUAACAACUGGGAUACGACGUAUAACGUAAUGGGACCAUUAACUUGGAAAGACUUUCAUUUAUUAGCACGUCGAGGAACAGAUGAAGCAUCAGCUCCUCAACCAAUUCCACAAAUAUUAGCCGGUUAUGAUAAAGAAUGGAUUUCUGUUGCUCCAUACUCUCUCCGGUAUUGGGAUAAGUUAUUGAUGGAACCCUAUAGUGCACCAAGAGAUGUUACGUAUGUUGUUCUUGCUCCAGAGCACGAUUAUGUGCUUGAUCACGUCUGUGCCUACAUAAGGGAACUAAGUGACGUUUAUGAAUCGUGUCACCUUGGACGUCAUCGACCAAUAGAUUCUUUAAGACAAGGAAUUUUGAGGAUUGGUAAACAAUGUUUACAGAUGGUCAGUGGAGAUGUUGCCUUGGACGACUGGUUUAAGUUGAUAGGAAAUACUCCCAUUGCAGCAAAAAUUUCUAUAUAUGCACGUAUAUGCAAAGGAGUAUUAGCCGGAUUUUUAGCCAUGCAAAAUAAAGGAAUAAAAGAAGAAGAUAAUAACAAUUUACCGACAUACGUUGUUUAUGUAAUAGAUCCCUUCUCCGGUAGCUCAUGGCCCCAGGGUGAUCGGUUGGCUACACUAGGAUUUUUCCGGUGUUUUGAUGAAUUAUGUAAACAAGUUGGACCACAGGUGUCUUCUCGUUUGACCAUGCAAAUUAUAUCUCAACAUGAAAUUUUAGCUGCAAGGAUGUCACCUGACAAUAAUCAGUUGAAAACUUUAGCUCUAUCAGUGUAUACAAAGUGUAGCCGAAUUCUUACUCAUAGAGUAUCUGGUCGGUGUUUGACAGGUUUCGGUCCAGCAGCUGAAGGGGAACGAAGACUAAAUAAACUAGAAAAUCCUCCGCAAUACAAAUUAUUCACACCUCCCUUCACUCUCACAAAUACCAACAAGCGUUGGUCUUCGACUGAAAAUACACAUGAUGGAGUUUUAUUUGUUGGAUAUUGUUUAUCUGAAGAUCAAAAGUGGCUCUUAGCGGCUGUUACUGAUAAUAAUGGAGAGCUACUAGAUACCUGCACCAUUAAUAUUUACAUACCAAAUAGAGGGGCUAGGAGAAGUAAGGCAUCAGCCCGAAAAAUAGGCUUAAAGAAGCUUUGGCAAUUUAUUAUUGGUCUGAUAAGCGGUACGUUAAUGAGCUGGAGACUUGUGAUCGGCCGAUUUGGCCGCAUUGGUCAUGGCGAAUUGAAAGGUUGGGCUGGCCUGCUGUCAAGAGAUAAUCUAACUAAAUCGAAUUCGGAACUUAAAGAGGUUUGUAGUGCCUGCUCAGAUCUAAAACCAAAUGUUGGGGCCAACAUUGUUGGUGCUUGCCUGAUUUCAAUGGAGGCUCAUCAGUCUAUUCAGGUCAUGCCAGAUUGUGUAAAGGUUGAAGAGAAGAGCUCCAGCUCUUGUCCUUUAUCGACACCUCGAGACGCAUCUUCAACAACUCAUAUUCUAGUGCUCCCUACAUCAGCCACAGCACAGUACCAAACCCAAGGAACAAUACAACCGCACGAGGAAGCAGAAGAUCUCGGAAUUGAUUAUAUUGGUGCUGGGGAAAUAGAUGAUGAAACUCUGGGAUUGAACUUCGAUGAUAUUUUGAAAUCAAUGAACGCUCCGAAUUCACCUGUCAGCAAUGGCCAUUCAUCGCCAACCCAUCUAUCAAAUGCAGGCCAGGCUAAUAUUAAUAACAUAAAUUCCGCAGACUCUGAUCCUCAAGAAAUACCACAGACUAUUCUCCAGCAACCUUUAGCAAUAGGCUUUUAUGUUUCAACCGCAGCUACUGGUGCUCUCCCUCGGUGGUUUUGGUCGGCAUGUCCCCAACGAGCUAAAGUCUUACCAGUAUGCCUUAAAGCAGCUCUUCACCUCCACAAUGUCUUACACCAAACAGAUUCAGAUGAAUUUGCUUCAUCCUCCACCCAAAAAUCUUCAACCCAUCCACUAGAUUCAAAUUUAACAUCUGAUGUAUUAAGAUACGUUUUGGAAACAUACAACGCGCUUUCUUGGUUAACUUUUGAUUUUAAAUUGAACGAUAGAAGAUCUUGCCUUCCGGUUCAUUUUGUCGUUCUAAUGCAAAUUUAUCAUGCCAUCAACAAGUUAAUCUAACUGCGCAUACUUGAUUGGUUUGGAUUUAAAGCAAGAAUAUCUUUAGGUGCUGAUUCAUAUUUCCUACUUAAAAAAAUUCGUUCAUUUUUGGCUAAGAUAUGUCAUUGGUAGUGCAAUUUGGUACAUAUACCUCGCUGUCAUUUAAUAAGAAACUAAGAGUAAGGACGUAAAAUUACGUGCCUUUUUUUUAUCAAUGUUCUGUCUCUCCAUUAUUUCACAUUUUUUCUAGUCUAAUACUUUCAACGCGGUUGUUGAUGUUACAAGCGUUGGACGUUUAAGCGUUCGUCGCUGGCGUGAUAUAGCUUGAAACAUUUAUCUAUUUCACGUAUACGUGUAUUUUACAUUCGCAGUUGAUUCUCAACAUGUGACUGUUACCAAGAGUGUACAUUUUAGUUUGACCUAUUAACUCAUUUUAGUUUUAGACCUAAACAGGUCAGUGACAACCGUGUCCAUUUCUUUUUUUUCUUCAAGUAAUCAGCUGUUUUAUUUUACGUCUGAAGUACGUUUGGCUAAUGGAGGAAGAGACAAUUUUCACAAUCAUCACGCAAAAUAGUGUGAUGGAGUCUGUUUUUAAAAUACUAUUGCACUAUAUUGGCUUAUAGAAUAUGUAAUUCAUCACAGUCCGUUUUCAUCUAUGACUUAUUAUCAUUUAGUAUAUAUAUAUAUAUAUAUAUUUAUAUAUAUAUAUAUAUAUAUAUAUCUUUUAAUGCUAAUUGACUCACCUAUGAUAUGUAAGUAAAGUUUAUACAAUCGUUUCAUAUCAGCUGCUUGUACAUUUCUUUGGAUUUUGAUUGUCGAUAGGUAUGCAAUAUGCUCUGUAAACCAUCUAUGCCUUUGCCAAGAUACUAGCAAGAGGUUUACACUAUUUUUAAAAUCCCGGCAAUGAAUGAAGUUUUUUGUAUUAUCAAAUUUUGAUAUUUGCAUGCAAAAAUUCUAAUUUUUUAACACUGUUACAUAUUAAAAGUUACAUGUACUUAUUUCCUUUUAUGGACUGUACUGAAUUUGUAAAUUAUAAGAUUUAUUGUAUAUAUCUUAUUCUAUAGCAAAAAUAUGUUGAUAUUAUAUCUGGCAAUUAACUUAUCUCUUAAUAAAAGAUAACAAAUUGUUGUCUUUCGUAUUAAAUAAUUUAAUGUACAUUUUGAAUACUUCCAA